CUGAAAUAGCUGCAGCAGCAGCAAGAGGAGAAGACAUGGCCGACAGCCUGAGUAAAGUCCCAGACGUUGAGAUCGAUCCUGAGGGAAAGUUUAAAUACAUUUUAGUGAGGAUUAAAGUUAAAGGUGGGACGGAUCAUAAAGACAUAGUGAGGGGCACGAAGAGUGCCGAGUACCACAACCAUAUCUUUGAAAAAGUGAACCCUGCUAUGGAGGCUCUAGGGCUGGAGAGUAGUUGCCUUGGCGGAGGCAAGAUAGAGCACAACAGCACGGAGAAGAAACUGCGAGUGUUUGGAGAAUCGACGGGCUACGGGAAGGCCGAUCAUGCUGUCACAGUGGAGAAGUUGAAAGCCGUCUUCAAAGACUACGAGAUUACUAUGGACUAAGGAAAACUGAGAUCCUGACUUUUCGGAUACCGUGUUUGGCAGUCAUGAGUAAAUGUGUACAUGCGUUCACAGCUUGUAAUGUUCAGUUUCCACAGGAAAGUAUAAAUUACCACUUUAAUAAACACACAUUUUGUCUA